AUGAGAGGAGGAAGAAUGCACAGAAAAACAGACUCAGAAGAAACCACCAACAGCAAUGAACAAUCUUCCUCCUCUCCGCCGCGUUCACCUCCGCGGCGACCACUUUACUACGUCCAGAGUCCUUCAAACCACGACGUUGAGAAAAUGUCCUACGGUUCAAGUCCUAUAGGUUCACCAGCUCAUCAAAAUUUCCAUUACUAUAUCUCUUCUCCCAUUCAUCACUCUCGUGAAUCUUCCACCUCUCGUUACUCCGCUUCGCUGAAAAACCCUCGCAAUAUUUCUGCUUCCUCUUGGAAGAAACUGAAUAACAGGAACAGUCAUGACGAUCUUGACCUAGAUGAAGACGAAGAUGAUGAAGGUGUUUAUGAUAAUACUCGUAAUGUUCGGUUGUAUUUUUGCUUCUUCGUCCUUUUCGUGGUGCUUUUUACUCUGUUUUCGUUGAUUCUUUGGGGUGCUAGUAAAAGCUACAAGCCUCGUAUCGUUGUUAAGAGUAUAGUGUUUGAGAAUCUGAAUGUACAAUCUGGAAAUGAUGGAACGGGAGUACCAACGGAUAUGUUGUCAUUGAAUUCAACGGUUAAGAUCUUAUACAAAAAUCCUGCAACUUUCUUUGGUGUUCAUGUCACGUCAACUCCUCUGCAACUUAGCUAUUACCAGCUCACACUGGCUUCUGGUCAGAUGCAUGAGUUCUAUCAAUCAAGGAAGAGUCAUAGGAUGAUAGCUGUGGUGGUGUUUGCAUACCAAGUUCCACUCUACGGUGGGGUCUCAGUUCUUGGAAAUAGUAACACAGAACACAUGAACAGUGUUGCAUUACCAAUGAACCUAACAUUUGUAGUGAGAUCAAGAGCUUAUGUUUUGGGAAGAUUGGUUAAGUCUACAUUCUAUCGGAGAAUCAGAUGUUCAAUCACCAUCCAUGGAAACAAACUUGGAAAACAUCUAAAUUUGACUGAUUCAUGUGUCUACAAGUAA